AUGGAGAACUCCUUUCUCUACUCCCCAGCAGAUGUGCUGGAUCAUUUCAAUGUCUCUGAAAAUUCAGGACUAUCGCAAGAUGCUGUGCUAAAAUCCAGACAGAAGCACGGUCCCAAUGCUCUGGCCGAGGAACCCCCGACACCUCUUUGGGAAUUGAUUCUGGAACAGUUCAAGGAUCAGCUGGUCCUUAUUCUACUGGGAUCUGCUGCUGUAUCGUUUGUUUUGGCUCUCUUUGAAGAAGGCGAGGAUUGGACUGCCUUUGUCGACCCCGCUGUGAUUCUUACUAUCCUCAUCCUCAAUGCGGUUGUCGGUGUGACUCAGGAAAGCAGUGCCGAGAAGGCCAUUGCUGCGCUCCAGGAAUACUCGGCCAAUGAAGCCAAGGUUGUUCGUAGUGGAAAGGCACAGCGUGUCAAGGCUGAGGAUCUGGUUCCUGGUGAUGUGAUUCAAAUCGCCGUGGGUGAUCGUGUCCCUGCCGACUGCCGUCUUCUGUCUAUCCACAGCAACAGCUUCCGCGUUGACCAGGCCAUCCUGACUGGUGAAAGCGAAAGUGUUAGCAAGGAUACUCAGGUUGUCAAGGACCGUCAAGCUGUCAAGCAGGAUCAGAUCAACAUGCUCUUCUCCGGUACCACCGUCGUCAAUGGCCAUGCAACUGCUCUGGUUGUUUUGACUGGUGGCUCGACUGCCAUUGGUGAUAUCCACGACAGUAUCACUUCUCAGAUCUCGGAGCCAACCCCAUUGAAGCAGAAGCUGAACGACUUCGGUGAUAUGCUGGCCAAGGUUAUCACCGUUAUUUGCGUUCUCGUCUGGCUGAUCAACAUCGAACACUUCAACGACCCCGCCUUCGGCGGCUCCUGGACCAAGGGUGCGAUUUACUACUUGAAGAUUGCAGUUUCUCUCGGUGUGGCAGCUAUUCCCGAGGGUCUUGCUGUCGUCAUCACCACCUGCCUGGCUCUGGGAACUCGCAAGAUGGCCCAGAAGAACGCCGUUGUCCGAUCCCUGCCUUCCGUGGAGACCCUUGGAAGCUGCAGUGUUAUCUGCUCUGACAAGACUGGAACCCUGACCACCAACCAGAUGAGCGUGGAGAAGAUCGUUUACCUGACUAGCACUGGCGAUGCCCUCGAGGAGAUUGACAUCGAAGGCACUACAUUUGCUCCCGAGGGUAAGCUCACCCGUAACGGUAAGGUUGUUGAGAACUUGGCUGUCACUUCGUCUACUGUCCGCCAGCUCACCGAAGUUACCGCUAUCUGUAACGCUGCUACGCUUUCUCACGAUGCCAAGACUGGCGUGUUCUCCAACAUUGGUGAACCCACCGAGGCCGCUCUGCGUGCAUUGACCGAGAAGAUUGGUACCAAUGACGCUGCCGAGAACGAGAAGCUUUUCCGCCUGCCCGCAUCUGAGAGACUUCACCUUGCAAGCGCUCAUUAUGAAUCCCGUCUUCCCCUCCAGGCCACUUACGAAUUCUCCCGUGACCGCAAGAGCAUGUCUGUUCUUGUCGGAAAGGGCAAGGAGCAGAAGCUCUUGGUUAAGGGCGCCCCCGAAUCUAUCCUGGAGCGCUGCUCUCACGUUUUGCAAGGCUCCGAAGGAACCCGCGUGCCCCUGAGCAAGAAGCACGUCAAGCUGCUCUCUGAAGAGGUCGUCGAAUAUGGUAACCGUGGUCUUCGGGUCAUGGCCAUCGCCGCCGUGCACGAUAUUUCUGGAAACAAGCUACUGAAGAACGCAUCAUCUACUGAGGAUUACACCAAGAUUGAGCAGAACAUGACUCUGAUUGGCCUCGUCGGUAUGCUGGAUCCCCCUCGCCCUGAAGUUGCUGCAUCGAUCAAGAAGUGCCAGGAUGCCGGUAUUCGUGUCAUUGUCAUCACUGGUGAUAACCGUCACACCGCUGAGUCUAUCUGUCGUCAAAUUGGUGUGUUUGGACCUAACGAGGACCUCACUGGCAAGAGCUUCACUGGCCGUGAGUUUGACGACUUGAGUGAAAGCGAACAGCUCCAGGCUGUCCAGACUGCCUCUUUGUUCUCCCGUACCGAGCCUACCCACAAGUCCAAGCUGGUUGAUCUGCUUCAGUCCCUGAACCACGUCGUAGCCAUGACCGGUGACGGUGUCAACGAUGCUCCCGCGCUCAAGAAGUCUGAUAUUGGUGUUGCCAUGGGUACCGGUACUGACGUGGCCAAGCUCGCUGCCGACAUGGUUCUAGCAGAUGACAACUUUGCCACCAUCACUGUCGCUGUUGAGGAAGGUCGCUCUAUCUACAGUAACACUCAGCAAUUUAUCCGGUAUUUGAUCUCGUCCAACAUUGGUGAGGUUGUCUCUAUCUUCCUGACUGCGGCCUUGGGCAUGCCCGAGGCUCUGGUUCCUGUCCAGCUUCUGUGGGUCAACCUUGUUACCGAUGGUCUUCCCGCUACUGCUCUCUCCUUCAACCCUCCUGACCAUGAUGUCAUGAGACGUCCUCCUCGUCGCCGUGAUGAGGCCCUUGUUGGUGGCUGGCUCUUGUUCCGUUACAUGGUUAUUGGUAUCUAUGUCGGUACUGCUACUGUCUUUGGUUAUGUCUGGUGGUUCCUGUACAACCCCGAGGGUCCUCAAAUUACCUUCUGGCAACUGAGCCACUUCCACCGUUGCUCCACCCAGUUCCCUGAGAUUGGCUGUGAGAUGUUCAGCAACGACAUGGGCAAGUCUGCUUCGACUGUGUCUCUUUCCAUCCUGGUGGUUAUUGAGAUGCUGAACGCGAUGAACGCUCUGUCAUCCAGCGAGUCCCUCUUCACUUUCUUCCUCCACAACAACCCGAUGCUUGUGUAUGCGAUUACUUUGUCCAUGGCUCUGCACUUUGCCAUCCUCUAUAUUCCAUUCCUCCAGACACUGUUCGCCAUUCUCCCUCUGAACUGGAUUGAAUGGCAAGCCGUUCUAGCCAUCAGCGCGCCCGUGAUCUUGAUCGACGAAAUUCUCAAGUUCGCCGAGCGUCGUCUGUACAAUACUCACGUUUCCACUGCCCAAGUUGCCCAGAACGGUGCUGCGGGUAAGCCAAAGCGAGCGUAG